AUGGACAGAUGGUCAGCAACUUUCUCACCUAAUUCACUUCAAGGUCUUACAGCCAUAAUUUGGAUCCGUUUGCCAAACCUUCCACUUCAAUGCUGGGAUGAAGUGAACUUUUGUAUAAUUGCUUCCAUGGUGGGGAUCCCUUAUUUGAUCGAUGGAAACAUGUUCCAGUGGUCUAGAAGUGAGUUCGCAAGAGUUUGCGUGAGAAUCAAACUAGAUGAGAAGCUUCCCAUGGGAGUUUGGGUUGAAGGAGAGCUGGGAAAAUUUUAUCAGAACAUUGAAUACGAAAGGCUGCCAACAUUUUGCUUCAUUUGUCGUAAGAUUGGCCACUUAAGGGAGGAAUGUUUGAAGAAAUCUUCAGCAAAUGAACCUAAUCCAGGAGAUGAAGACCCAAUCAGUAAAGGAUUAGAAGGAAAUGGAGAUGCCAGGAAAAACUGUCCAAAACAGAGUCAGCUAGAUAAUGGAAAAAAAGAUGAUGAUGGAGAAGGUUAUGGUCCAUGGAUUAAUGUGGACUACAAAGCUAAGAAGAUUAAUAAAAAAUUUCUAUGA